CAUUAGCGUUGUAUUAUCCGGCAGCACGCUCUCUGCAUCGACCACGUUCUUUCGCUCUCUUGUCCAACUGGAACCACCCGCUGCGUCCGCGAUAAACUCCGGCCACAAUGUCCAAUAGCAGGGAUCGCCGCAUCAUCAAGGAGCUGCAGGACUUGACAGAGGACAAGGACAACUCCGGCAUCCACGCCGCUCCCGUCCAAGAGUCGUCGCUCACAACUCUCAAGGGCUGGUUCCUUGGCCCCGGAAACACGCCGUAUGAGGGUGGCAAAUACGUAAUUAAGAUUGUUCUCGACAACCAGUAUCCCUUCAAGCCUCCGCGGAUGCAGUUUGAAACAAAAAUCUGGCAUCCAAAUGUCAGCAGCCAAACCGGCGCAAUUUGUCUCGAUAUUCUCAAAACCAACUGGUCACCUGUCCAGACUAUCAAGACGGCUCUGCUUUCUAUUAGAAUGCUCCUCGAAAACCCAAACCCGUCGGAUCCACAGGACGCCGAAGUCGCCAAUAUGCUUUUGACCGAACCGGAUUCAUUCGUUGUCAUGGCUCACGAGUGGGCUGUAAGACAUGCUGGUGCUCCCCGCCAACCAAACCUUGAUACGACUAGAUUUAGGAGUUUGGCUAGGCUACCGGUCGAAAAUGAGGAUGAGCGCCGAUACCUCGGGUACAACCGCCAGCUAGUUGACAGAUUCACGAGUAUGGGAUUUGAAAUUGACCGCGUAACGGAAACGUUACUCUACUUCGGCAUUGACCGCAAUAACGGCAGAGACUAUCAUUUGACAGAAGGCCAAGUGGGUGAUAUCACUGCGCGACUUCUUGGCGAGCAGUAGAUGCAAAUAUAAACGCCUCAUCUAUCGAGGUAGCGAGAGGGCGGUUGUGGACUGGAGUUUCUUUGAUCUGCUGAUUGGACUUUGGUUUUCAAUUUUGUUUUUGCCAUAUUUUUAUAUCUCGGAGGUGUUGCUUCCCUUUAGGACUAUCGAUCUGCUAAACAGGUCCGUAGUUAGCUUGAAAUCUCCAAAAGGUGUUUGGUUUCGAGGGUUAAGCAUGAAUGGCCCCAGAGAAGCGCAUUCAAAUCGGGUAUAUCAUUCAUAACAAUGGAGUUAUGCGGUCGGAAAUAGCAUAUUACAUUCAAUAAAGCGUCUGAUACUUUUAGUUAUACACUGUCUUUGGAAUUGCGACAUCCUAUUACUGCUCUCCCUAUUAGGUUUACUUUCCCAACUUUUGCGCUCUUGGAUGUAAAGU